UAAUAAUUGAUUAAUCAAAUGAGAUCAUGGAAGAGUCAUAAGCCAUUCGUCUAAAGCAAGUGUCAUGUAAGGAUUCUUUUUUAUAUUAGGAGGAGGAAAAUGUAUUGCCUUCUACUGUACAUUAAUUGGUGUUCUUUAAUGGCUAAAAGGGUUGUAUAAUUCAAUUGUCACCCUGCGAAUGAAUUGGUGUAUUUGUUCAUUAUUACAAGAAAACCUAAUGUAAAUUAUCACUGUUAAGUGGGCUCAUGUAUACUUACAAAGGUCGUCUUGUAUUGAUUCUGUAAGUGGUAACUAGUCUAAGUUGAUUUGAAAGAAAACCCACAAGAUUUAUUGACAGAGAGAAUCUGAUGAGAAAAUGGAGAAUUGAAAAGUGGAAAGUAAAAACCCAAAUGGGAACUGAAAGAACUCAAAGACUGUGGAGUUCUUUGCUGAGCCAAGUUGCAGACUUUGCAGAUGGUGUUCCAAAAAUGCAAUUUGAAAAUAAAAGGGUAGAUGUGACCUUCGUGAAAGUCCAAUUUCCUGAACUCUGAGGAAGAUCAAGGAUUGAUUUUCAGUGACGGUAGUGUCAUGACCAAAGAGACUGAUCUGUGACAGAAACUACUAAAGGAGAAACUGAAGGAAGCCAUAGUUGAACUGCAAUUUGAUUGUGGCGACGGGAAGGACGCCUAGAAGGAUGACAAGUUGUUUUUCUAUUAUGCUUGCGGACUGGAUCAACGACAGUUCUUGAAUGAGCUAUUCAACUAGGAAGCAACACAAUUUUCGGGGUAUGCGGAUAAGAUGUUGACAUACUAACAAUAGGCAUAUAUGGAGAAAUUGUCCAUUGACUCUGGAAAAGACAGUAUACAAUUUUUUUUGGGGUCAGUCAUAUUUGUGCAUACGGAGAUGAAUUGGCAAUCAGAAGGAGAAGCAACACAGCCAUUUAUGGAUUUUUUUAAAAUGAUCUCUCCUGAUUGUGUUUGUUGAUGACAUAUUAAUAUAACCUUAGUCUACAAUUUCUAAGCUUUAGUAAGAAUUUUGAUGUGGAAAAUAACCUCAAAUACAGAAAUAGUUUAAAUUAUCUCUUAAAAGCUUUCUGUCCAAGUAUAAAUUUACUUAAUAUUCAAGGAGGUUUCCUUAUUGUAUUUUCUUUGAACUGAGACUUGAAUAUCAAGACAGAUCAAGGAACAAGCUCCCUGUUUUUUAUUCCCCUCUCAAACCAUGGCAAAUUCUUUUGAAAAAUCAUCAAGCUUGUUUCUUUGUCUCUUAUCGUUCCUUUCUUUUCUUCCUCAUGUUGAUUCAAUUUCAUUCAACAUAACUCAUUUUGAGAAGAACACUCAAAACAUAAUCUACAGGGGAGAUGCAAAUGCUUCAGGUGGAGCUGUUGAUCUCACAAAUAUCAACCAUGGAUGCAGUAUUGGCAGAGUUAUCUAUGCUAAGAAUGUCCAAAUCUGGGACUCCAGCACUCAAAAGCUAUCAGACUUAAGCACUCAUUUUUCCUUCUCAAUUGACACUCAAGAAAAAUCAGAUUAUGGUCAUGGACUUGCUUUUUUCAUGACAGCCGAUGCACUUGCAUUUUACAUCCCACAAAAUGUAGCUGGUGGCUUUCUAGGCCUAGAACUUCCUACAAAUCAUGGCGCACUCCGGAACCAAACAGUUCAUGUUGAGUUUGAUUCUCGCCAUGACGAAUGGGAUCCUCAUGAUGUUGACAACCAUGUGGGAAUCAACAACAAUUCCCUUGCGUCAUCUAAGUACACCUAUUGGAAUGCUAGCCUGCAUAGUGGAGACACUGCUGAUGUCUGGAUUACUUACAAUGCUAGCACCAAGAACUUGAGUGUGUCUUGGUCAUACAGGAAAUCCUCAGAUCAACAGGUUUCCAGUCUUUCUUUGGUAAUUGAUCUUAUGCAGGUUCUUCCAGAGAAGGUUGUAGUUGGGUUUUCAGCUUCAACAGGUUUCCGCAUAGAGCAUCAUCAGCUAAAAUCAUGGGAGUUUAGCUCAAGCUUGAAGGCCAAUAGCAAUUUCAAGAAAAAAGUCAGAGUAGCAGUCAAAUGGAGUUUCAAUGGAGUCAUUGUAGAUUUUCAACGACGGCCAGGGUUCUUUGUUCGACCACUGCAACAAACCAAAUUUGACAUACGUAAUUAA